UUUACUUCUGCGAUUACAUGUAUUUACAAUCAGUCUUCAUUAGAAAAGUGAGUCAUGGGGAUUGAAAGUGAAUUCUGAAGAAACGUUUCCCACUUCUCAGGAAGCCGUCCCAAUCUAACUGCAAGGGUAUAAAAGGGUGUUCAGAAAACAUGGGUCUUCACUCAGAGGAGACACAGCACAGAGGAGAGGAAACCAUUGCAACAUCUCCUUUCACUACCAUUCAAGGAUGAAUUAUGCAAUCCAGUGCAUCGUUUUCCUGGCAUGCAUUAUCACUUGCACUUCACUCCAUAUUUUGAAAUGCCGGUGUAUAAAAACCAGCUCGUCCGUAAAUAUUUCCCUCAUUGCUGAUAUCAAGGACCUCCCGCCUCGUCCCUACUGCAACAAGAGAGAAGUCAUUGUUUACCUGAAAGAUAAAAGAUCAGUCUGUCUUGACCCUGAAGGAGCAUUCACCCAAGCAGUCUUGCGAACAAUUAAAAGGCAGAAAGCGAUACGGGCCUUUAAGAUGAACAAAACAACCGCACCACCAGCCCCAAAAGACCCCCCCACCAGCCCCAAAACAACCACAGCAUCAACCACAGCAUCAGUAGCGCCAACAUGGUCAUAAUGCAAAUGUGUUUUUCAUCAAUGCAAUUCAACCAGUGUGUAAGAAGAUCUGCACGGCACACCUUCUGAAUAUCCUCUCAGGCUGCUGCAUCUGUUUAAUACUCCUGCAUGAUGUCACUUAUUUGUAUCCAGAUAUGGUCAAAUACUUGUCAUUUUGUUGUAUGCAUAUCACCGGGUGCCACUUUUCUGUUAGUUGUUUUUUCCAAACCUUUAAUACAGUCUUUCAAUUUGUACACACCAGAGCUGGCUAUCAUGACGGCUUUACAUCACACUGUGAAGUUCAGUAAUGACGUUUUAUUAAUAAUGGUAAAUGUGAAUUGUUUUUCUUUGUGGUUCAUAUGUAAGGCCAUUGUUUCUUAUGAAAUGUGAAGGAUUGUCACUGUAUGUUGUAUAUAAUACAAUAAUAAUGUACACUACUGACCCGUGUCAUGUGAUGAAGAGCUCUUAAUCUUCAAUAAAUAAUACAAAUGUGAAA